AUGGUCCUGGGAAUAACCUUCCUUUCCCUGACUGGAGUUGGGGUCCUUGGCAGCUCCUUCUUCCUCUCCCUUUGUGGCUCCACUUUGUUCACCAGCCACAAGUUGAGACCAAUGGACCCCAUUAUGGUUCAACUUGCUCUGAUCAAUGCCAUAGUUCUUCUUACCAGAGGAAUCCCAGUAGCAAUAUUAUAUUUAAGGACAAAAUAUUUCUUUGGAGAUACUGUAUGCAAAAUUCUAUUUUACAUCCAAAGGGUCAGCCGGAGCCUUUCCAUUUGUAUCACCUGUCUCCUGAGUACCUUUCAGGCAAUUAUCAUCAGUCCCAGUGGCUCUAGGUUGGCCAAACUCAAAGUUAGAGCCCCAAAGUACAUCAGCCCCUCCUAUCUUCUAUGCUGGAUCCUCAACCUGCUCACAGACAUUAACGUUCCAAUAUCUAUAAGCGGCCCAAAUAAUAGCAACAGCAGCCACACACAUGGAGUUAAACUUCUGUAUUGCUACUGGGAAAACACAUAUAAAGGGAUUAUCAUCCUGCCAUCCCUUCGAGACAUUUUAUUCAUGGGAUGCAUGGUAUGGGCCAGUAGCUACAUGGUGCUUCUCCUAUACAGACACCAUCAGAAGGUCCAACACGUUCGCAGAACCAGCCUCUCUCCAAGGAUCUCUCCAGAGAUGAAGAUUACAAGGACUAUCCUGCUGCUGGUUGGCACCUUUAUUUCAACUUUCUCUGUCAGUUGGAGCCUCACCCUCUAUAAAGUAUACAUGAUUCAUUCCACUGUUGAAUUGGUGAAUGUGGAAUCAAUCAUCAUAUUGAGUUUCCCAACUAUCAGUCCCUUUCUACUGAUUCACAGAGAUUUGCAAAUGCCCAAGUUCUGCUAA